ACCCUUUUUUUUCUCCCCCUCCUCACCCGAUGUCGUACUUUCCCAGCCCAGACGCCCUCGCGACGAACCUCCAAAACGUAAGCUUGGACGCUAAGCCCAAGAAGAAGCGUGCGGCGAGAGCGUUCCACACGGACAUGAACCCACCCGUGCCCGUGGUGGACGCGCGUGUUUUUUCGCCGAGCCUCUCGCACAACGCGUUCCAGGCGAACCCGCAAAACGCAAUGCUCAGUAGCCUGGGCACGAGCUCGAUGUUCCAGGCGAACCCAAGCACGAACGCAAAUGCUAUGCUCCAACCCCAGGGCAACUCCUUCAACCUGAUGCUCCAGGGGAACUCCCAGAGCAUUGACCCCGCCCCCGGCUUCGCUGCCGGUUCUGCUGGGUCUGUCUUCUCCACCAUCCCAGAACUUGGGCAUCAGCAGUCCCAGCCCUACGAGCCAGAACUGACGCUCUCCAUUCCCGACCAACGCCGCGCGGCCCAGCAGGAAUACGCUUCCACCACCUUCAACUCGUUCCGGAACAUUGUGCCGCCGGUUGCGGGAACACAGUUCACGGCGGUUGAUGAGAAUUCUGCUGCGCCGCGCCACGCGCGCCUCUCUCUCUACUGCGUGCCCGCGACGGAAAAGGUGCGUGAGGCCGCGCGGCUCCCGCUCGGUGUCGUGCUCCGCCCCUUUGCACGUACAGCGCACGGCGACGCGCCAGUCCCAGUCGUGGAUCUCCGUGACAUCGGUGGCCCGCCGCGCUGCAAUCGUUGCCGCACCUACAUCAACCCAAUGAUGCAACACACCGCCGACUACAAGUUUGUCUGUAAUGUCUGUCAGUUCGCGUCUCCCCAGCCCCAGGGCUACUCCGCUGCGCUCGACGCGAGCGGGAUUCGUGUUGACUACUACCAGCGCCCGGAACUCAGCCGUGGUGUGGUGGACUUUUUAGUGCCGGACGCGUACAAUGCCGAUCCGGAGACGCCGCCGCAGCCGCUCCACCAUGUGUUUCUCAUCGACGUGUCACAGGAGUCUGUCGCGCGCGGGAUGCCGGAGCUCGCGGCAGAGGCCAUCCGUGCGACAUUGUACGACAUGGACUCGGGCGCAUGUCAGUUACCAGAAGGCACGCGCGUUGCAAUCAUCACGUUUGACCAGAAAAUCCACUUCUACAACCUCUCCGAGAGUUUGACGACGCCCGCGGUGGCGGUGAUGGCGGAUCUCGAGGACCCCUUCCUUCCAUUCUUCGGCGGCCUCUUUGCGGAUGCGCGUGCGUCCAGUGCCAUCAUUGACGCGACGCUUGUCGCGAUCGAGAACGCACGCUCGCGCUACACAGUGCCAGAGCCUGCCUUUGGCGCGGCACUCACGUGUGCGACGCACGCGCUCGCACAGGUGGGUGGUGGUAAGAUUACCGCACUCUUGGCAGCGCGCGCCACCUGGGGCCCGGGCAAGCUCCGCCUCAAGACCGACCAGGGCACCGAUACCUUCACGCCUGAAUCGUCAUACUUCAAGGACCUCACUGCAACCAUGCUCAAGAGCAACGUCGGGGUUGACCUCAUUGUUGCGGCGACCGCUUCUGUGGAUCUCAUUAAUCCGGGUACACUCGUUGCACGCACGGGGGGGCAGACGCGCCUCUACCAGAAUCUCCACUCGACGCGCGACGCGCGUGCGUUCGUUGCGGACUUUCAGCGCGGAGUGCUCGGCACCCGCGGCUACCAAGCGCAGUUGAAGGUGCGCUGCUCCAACGGAUUGCAGGUGAAGAGAUACUAUGUUUUCAACGGCGACAAGGACGCCGGGACCGACCCUAUGAUUCCGAUUGUGCACCUGGACCAGACGAUUUCGGUGUUGUUCACGUACGAUGGCAAACUCGAUGCGAAGACAGAUGCGCACUUCCAGGCCGCGAUGCUCUACACAAGUGCGCGAGGCGAACGCCGCGUACGCGUGAUCAACAUGGUCGCAUCGGUGUCCGAACGCGUGAACGAUGUGUUUGCAUUUGCUGACCAGGACACCGUUCUCGCAUUAUUGGUGCGCGAUAACUUGACAACCAUUCCGCCAAACACCGUCGCACAGCUCCGAGAGCUUACGAACACGAAGCUUGUGAACAUCUACGCACAGUAUCGUGCGCUACUCACCCAGUCGGUAUCCUCUUCCAGUCAAUUCAUCUUCCCUGAGUCGCUUAAGACGCUCGCAGCGUACGUGUUAGCGUUCCAGAAGUCACGCGCGCUCCGUGACGGGACUAACGGCGAUGCGCGCAUAGCGCAGAUGCUCGAAUUCAACUUCAUGCCGUUAGCGACGGUGACCCUGCGCUUAUACCCGCAGAUCUACGCGGUGCACGAUCUUGCGGCGGGCGAGUGCGCGCGCGGCGAGCCGUUCAUGGUGCCGCAGCCCGUGCGUGCGAGCAGUGCGCACAUCGCGUACGGUGGGUGCUACCUUGCGUUCGACGGCGACCGUGCACUCUUAUGGAUCCACGACCAGGUCAACCCGUUGCUUCUCCAGGACUUAUUCGGACCCACGGUGCAAGCGAUCGGCGACAUUGACCCGCUCAUGGACGAGGUGCCGGACGCGGGCACGGAAAUUUCCGCACAGGUGCGCGCACUUGUCGCACACUUUGCUGUGCGCGCGGGCCGCUCGUUCCAAGCAGUACAGGUUGCACGCGUCGGUAUCGAUGCCGCGGAGCACGAUUUCCGUGCGAUGUUGGUCGAGGACGCCACACACGACAAGCUCAUGGCGUACGGUGAGUACCUUGGGCAUCUCCACCGCGCGAUCAAAACCAAGUUGGACUCUGAAACCAAGGGUGACCAGGACGUGGGCUUCCUCGGGCAGAGGUUUGGGGUGCAUUAGCUGUAGACUAAAUACAUAUUCGUAGCAUACUAUCGCUUUAGGUGGUGUAAAUUGUAUAGCCACCUCCUAGACGAGAGAACAUAAUCGAAUACAGAACUAAGGAAUUCGUGCGGGAAUACUGGGUGCGCUUCUGGAUUUCUAACAAUUGAACUGAUACUAAAGCGUAUAACUGUUUGUGGUUGCAUGAAAACUACGGGUAUUGACCGCGGAUAGAUAUAUUGCUCGGCCAAAUGACAUUGGCAUGCACCUAAUGAGGGUUUGGGGGAUUAAUGCGGACUAUCGCAUACAGCAUUGAGUUCUCCAGAAAUUUAAAGAGACAGUUCUGUUUGCUUUUCUG